AUGAACACCACAGAAGCCCAUGGAUUGAUCCAUGGCUACCAUAACCGGAGCCAAACCUCGGGCAUUUUGCCACUUGACAAAGACUUAUCAGCCGAGGAGAAAGACUCGUCUGCAGGAUGCUAUGAACAGCUGCUGAUUUCCCCAGAGGUUUUCCUCACUCUGGGCAUUGUCAGCCUGCUGGAGAACAUCCUGGUUGUUGCUGCUAUCGUCAAAAACAAGAACCUUCACUCGCCCAUGUACUUCUUCAUCUGUAGCCUCGCUGUUGCUGACAUGCUCGUCAGUGUCUCCAAUGCCUCUGAGACUAUUGUGAUAGCGCUCAUCAACGGAGGCAAGCUGACCAUCCCCGUCCAGUUGAUCAAAAGCAUGGACAAUGUGUUUGAUUCUAUGAUCUGUAGUUCUCUGUUAGCAUCCAUCUGCAGCUUGCUGGCCAUCGCGGUCGAUCGUUACAUCACUAUCUUCUAUGCGCUGCGAUACCACAACAUUGUCACCCUGCGGAGAGCAAUGUUGGUCAUCAGCAGCAUCUGGACAUGCUGCAUUGUGUCCGGCAUCCUGUUUAUCAUCUACUCAGAGAGCACCACAGUGCUCAUCUGCCUCAUCACCAUGUUCUUCACCAUGCUGGUGCUCAUGGCGUCACUGUACGUCCACAUGUUCCUGCUGGCCCGUUUGCACAUGAAGCGCAUCGCAGCAUUGCCAGGGAACGCGCCCAUCCAUCAGCGGGCCAACAUGAAGGGCGCCAUCACCCUCACCAUCCUCAUCGGGGUGUUUGUGGUGUGCUGGGCGCCCUUUUUCCUCCACCUCAUCCUCAUGAUCACUUGCCCCAGGAACCCCUAUUGCACCUGCUUCAUGUCCCAAUUCAACAUGUACCUCAUCCUCAUCAUGUGCAACUCUGUCAUUGACCCUAUCAUCUACGCCUUUCGCAGCCAAGAGAUGAGAAAAACCUUCAAAGAGAUUUUCUGCUGCUCACACGCUCUCUUGUGCGUGUGA